UGGUACGGUCCGCUGGGUUCCCAUGUUCGCAUUAAAGCGCCUGAACUGGCGGGCUGUACGACAGAGGAAAGUGUCUUUACAGAAACUGUAAGGCGAACAAGCAUUAAGCGGCAGCAAGCACGAGCGUGAGGGGUCGGUGUAAGUGACGGACUCCCCCUCCAGUCUGCAAGUGGUACAGUCCAAGCAAAGAACUACGUCACCCAUUGUUUACAAACCUUACAGGGCCGGUGGAGCUGCUGCGUGGUGUGCUGUUCCUCCUGCCGUCUCUGCCAGCCAUGCCGUGCCGCAAGGAGAGCUUCCUGCUGCUGGAGCAGUCGGUCACCGUGGGUUCGCAGGAGGUGGACUCCCUGGUGGCCCGCAUCGGGGAAGCCCUGCAGCUCAGCGCCCACCGCACCCCGACCUCCUGCAGCAUGGAGUACGGCGGCGCCCUGAGACCCCCGGCCGUCACCCGCCCGUCUCCCGUCAUCUGCUCCUGCGUGCGGGGCAGGACCACGCCGUACCCGGUGUGCACCCCCCGAGGCGCCAGUCGCUACCACCACCAGCAACAGGGACCCCGGCACUUCGUAGCGGGGAACAAGCAGCUGUGCGGCCGGGGCUGGGUGCGGGGCAGCUGCAGGAAGCACGUUGGGCACCGGCUCCCGGAGGACGGGGAGGAGGAAGAGGAGGACCCCCACCAGCUGCUGCAGGAGCUCCUACUCUCCGGGAACCUCAUCAAGGAGGCGGUCAGGAGGCUGCACAUGUCCGGGGAGGACUCCAGCGCCAUCAGCGAGUCCGGGCCGUGCAAGGUGGCUGAGACCACGGUGCAGUGACCCCCCAGGCCCCGGGGAGAGGAUGCUGUGUAACCGUGGGGAGUAUAACCUCCACGGAUCGUAUGACCCACCUCUGCCGGCUGCUUCUGUCAUUAUGACAUGGAGGUGACUGGCAUGGCCAGUGCCUGGUCCUCCAUAGAGGGGGUGAUGGUUAGAGUUGGCAUGUAAAGACCUCAAGAAGAAGGUGACUGACUGCCAUGACCACUUAUGGUCCACCAUAAGGCGUGUGAUGAUGUGGGUUGGCAUGAACAGCUUUCUCAGUAUAAUGGGGUGAUGGGCAUAGUGUUUGAAUGCUGCACCAUGGAGUGUCCACCAUAAAGCUGGUGAUGAUGUGGGUUUGUAUGUAAAGAUCUCUCAAAAUAAAGAGGUGACUGCUAUGGCCAUGUGUGGUCCCCCCCAUGAAAGCGGGUGAUGGUUGAGACACAUACAGCUCCCUUAGGUACUGGGUUUAUAUGGCUGGUGUGAUGAAUCUGCAGAACAUACUAUGGACUGAGCUAAUGACUGCUUUCUGAUGUUUGUGUCACCAUCCACCUGUAGACUUGCAAUGGGCUAUGAUAACUUCUGAGCAAAGUCUUAUAUGUGACACGAUCAGGUGUUGGGACUUGAGCCAGCAUAACUCGUGGUACUGACGCUUCAAGGUGGUUUGAGCUUAGCGGACUAUAUUAAAGUUUGAAGCCAUGACUACUUAGCACCUCAGAACUACAGCCUUUUAUUACCAGCCUCUGAAAUUGUUUCUAACCAAUAUGAGAAGUCUUUGAUUGCCACCCAGUUGGUGCAUAGUCAUCCAUACCCUCCUUAUUUCCAGUUUGGGAGACUGUCGCCAAGAGACAAGGCUGUGGAACCUCAAUUAAAAAUGGUCAAGGAUUAUCUGCUAUUAGUUCAAACUAGAUUACGUCCAACUCUACAAUGUGACUGUCACUUUGUUUACAGUAUACUUGAAAUGGUUCACAUAGCUCUGAGCUCUCAAAGUAUUGGGCAUCCUAAUGUGAGCAAUGGGCAAGCAAGGUUUUCUCUUCUAGGAAUUUAUUUCUAUAUAUGUAAUGGUUUUGUAUUGUGUGUGGGUUUUUUUUUUUUUUUUUUUCUUUUCACAUGCAUCAUUUGCAAUUCUUUAAUGUGCUCCGCACAAGUGUAUGUGCCACUACAGUCAUACAUAUAAGCCCAGAGGUAAUCUGGGUGUGAACAUGUUAAUGAACACCAUGUUUUUGUUGUCCUUAUUUGGUGUUACAUAAUUGUCCUUGUUUACAGUUUUACAAGCAUAGACUGGCAUGUCCUUAUCUCAGUAUUAUUGUGCCUGGCAUCCAGCUUGCUGGCGUUACUUACUGAAGGUCAACCCAUGCCAGAUCCGUUGCACAGCCUAGGAUAACCUUUCCAUUUUAAGGCUAAUGUGAAACUUGCCUCACGUGUGUUUGGAUGUGCUGCAGCCAAAUAGGAUAAUUUAAGUGUUUAUUUCCAUUCUCUGUUAGAUUCCUAUGUUCAUAGGAUUUUGAUGUAUGCCUAUCAAAAAAUGGUUUGGUUGCCAAUCGGGCUGCAUGGAUUAUUUGUACUAUGAUGUGACCUAUAGAGCUUCUAAAAAAGGAAGAAAAUAAAUAAAUCUAAAUUUAAUAAAUUUGCCGCAAGGAAGCGUAUAACUUAUUGUUGGCAUUAGUCCUAUGGCAGGCUUAGAAUGACUGAUCUCCCCUUUACGCUGUAGUGUAUAUAAAGCAUAUUUUCAGUUACUUCCUGUAGACAUAGUUUCAGCCUGUGAUAAUUUGUAGCUUUUGGUAACUUCAUGGUCACCGCAUGUUAAACAAAGCUGUUCUAAUUCCACCGUUUGGGGGGGAAUUAGAUCCAAUACCGGUCACAUUAUUUAAAGAAGACAUUAUAAUAUUAUGCAACAACCACAGAUAGUUUUAUAUCUAAAGAACUGGUGACAUUUUUGAGUGGCAUAUCAUACACAUAAUUUAUAUCCCUGGUGCCAGAAUUCUUGGAUUUGCAAUCCUGUCUAUCUAUUGAGCGGCAGUGUAGAAUCAUCAGUGUUCCUGAAUGCAGAUGGAUCUUUGAGUAUUGCAACAUAACUUUACAUUCUGAUGAAUAAGCUUCCUUAAGAAAUAUAAGCUGCCAACGAACUAGCUUUGUGGGUGUGAAGGUGGGUUCAUACUUCCUCUCGUUGUUUGCUAUACUACGUUAUAAUUUAAAAUGUGAACAUGAGCGAGAUGGACCCAAGUUUCUUCCAGUCAUUAGACCUUUGUUCUUGGUAAUUGGUGCUUUUACUACUAAGUGGCUGUCUUAUUUUGUUUUGAUUAGACCCAAACUUUUUGAAAGGGCAGUUUAUUAUACUUCUUGUUUUAUAUAUUUUUUUUCUAAGCUCUGUACAGUUAUGGGUUAUGAUUUAAGCUAACAAUAAUAAACUUGAACCAAUGGUCCUUUAUCCUUUAGUGAUGGCCGUUGGAAAGUGUACCCUUCGUACCGAAGUGUUGAUGCCUGUGUUCCUGGAGUUUCAGGACUUAUGAAUAAAAUGUAUACAAUAAACCUUUUUAUAUAUACAA